CACGCCCAGCGCCACCCCUUAGAGUACUUCAACCGUUUCUCCGUUUGACACACUAAGCACCGACUUUUCUUCACUAUAUUUACCAUGCUAUUGCAAUGCUUGCAACAACUGAACUGCCUCCUCUCCGAGCGCUGCACUAAUUUAAACACAUAUUUCCAAGGUCAUACCUUCUACCACUCACGACUUCAAGGUCACAUUUCAAGGCUAUAUUUCAAGGUUGCAUUUCAAGGUCAUAUUUCAAGGCCAUGUUUCAAGGUUACAUUUCAAGGUCACAUUUCGAGGUUAAAUAUGCGUUCAAGGUUGGCUCCCAAGGUCGACUGUCAAGGGCGUUCUAGAACAUACAAACCCUACCUACUUAAAUGUAACAAGGGUUAGGAAUGAUAACUGUGGAAACGAUUUAUUAUUCUGAAUAUAUAUUUUAAUGCGCCCCAGGAUACCACA